AUGGGCGUAUUUACUGAAUUUGGUGUGUGGAUCAAUCGGAACAUGCAAGAGCCUCGUAAGGACGAGUCCAAGAGAGGUGAGAAUGCUAAAUCUAGUUCAGUUUCAGAAAAAGAUACUAAUAUUCAGGAACCAUGGUAUUGGGAUCCUGCUGAGGACCCUAAGAAGAAGGCUGAGUACAAGAAAUCUGGGCAGCAUCCUAGAUCUAUGCCACUGUAUGCUACAGAUCCUAAAUAUUAUGACUUAGCUGAGGUUUUUAGACAAGUAGAUCUUUGGAUAGUCCCAAAUAGCAAGCAUCCAUGGUAUGAUGCUCCUGCUAAAGUGAAGGUAAUAUAG